CCACCACCACCAUCACCAUUAUCGCCACCAUCAUCACCAUCACCACCAUUAUCACCACCACCAAUAUCAUCACCACCACCACCAUCAUCAUCACCAUCACCACCAUUAUUGCCACUAUCAUCACCAUCACCACCACCACCACCAUCAUCAUCACCAUCACCACCAUUAUCGCCACCAUCAUCACCAUCACCACCAUUAUCGCCACCAUCAUCACCAUCACCACCAUUAUCGCCACCAUCAUCAUCAUCACCACCACCACCACCAUCAUCAUCACCAUCACCACCAUUAUCGCCACCAUCACCACCAUUAUCGCCACCAUCAUCACCAUCACCACCACCACCAUCAUCAUCACCAUUAUCGCCACCAUCAUCAUCACCAAUAUCGCCACCAUCAUCACCAUCACCACCAUUAUCGCCACCAUCAUCACCAUCACCACCACCAUCAUCAUCACCAUCACCACCAUUAUUGCCACUAUCAUCACCAUCACCACCACCACCACCAUCAUCAUCACCAUCACCACCAUUAUCGCCACCAUCAUCACCAUCACCACCACCACCACCACCACCAUCAUCAUCACCACCACCACCAUCAUCAUCAACAUCACCACCAUUAUCGCCACCAUCAUUACCAUCACCACCAUUAUCGCCACCAUCAUCACCAUCACCACCACCACCACCAUCAUCAUCACCAUCACCACCAUUAUUGCCACCAUCAUCACCAUCACCACCAUUAUCGCCACCAUCAUCACCAUCACCACCAUUAUCGCCACCAUCAUCACCAUCACCACCACCACCAUCAUCAUCACCAUCACCACCAUUAUCGCCACCAUCAUCACCAUCACCACCAUUAUCGCCACCAUCAUCACCAUCACCACCAUUAUCGCCACCAUCAUCACCAUCACCACCAUUAUCGCCACCAUCAUCACCAUCACCACCACCACCAUCAUCAUCACCAUCACCACCAUUAUCGCCACCAUCAUCACCAUCACCACCAUUAUCUCCACCAUCAUCACCAUCACCACCAUUAUCGCCACCAUCAUCACCAUCACCACCACAAUCAUCACCACCACCACCAUUAUCGCCACCAUCAUCACCCCCACCUCCCGCUCCUCCCCUACCCACCCCUCCUCCUCCUCCUCCUCUCUCGUUCCCCCCCUCCUCCCUCCUUCCUUCCCCUCCCCCUCCCCCCUCCUUCCUUCCCCCACCCCUCCCCCCUCCUUCCUUCCCCUCCCCCUCCCCCUCUUUCCUCCCCCUUCCCCUCCCCCUCCCCCCUCUUUCUUCCCCCUCCCCCCCUCCUUUCUACCCCUCCCCCUCCCCCUCCCCCCUCCUUCCUUCCCCUCCCCCCCUCCUUCCUUCCCCUCCC